AUGGAGUUCAUGAAUCAGCCCUUAGAAGACAAUGGAUAUAUUCCUUUAGGAAAAGGUUACUUUAUUAUCAAACUCGACAAUGAAGAAGACAAACUUCAUAAAGUAUCUGGUAAUUGGGUUGUGGAUGAACAAGAGAUUACUCUGAAGAAUUGGGAGCCAAACUUUAAUCCUACUACUCAGAAAACCUCUUUAGCUUAUGUGUGGGUGAAUUUUCCUGGUCUUAGUAUAGAAUAUUGGAAAGAAAACAUCAUUCUACAGAUGGGUAAAGCUCUGGGGAGAUCAAUAAAAGUUGAUGAAACAACUUUGAAGAAAGAAGAAGGGUUUUAUGCUAGUGUUUUGGUGGUAAUGGACUUGUCAAAAGCAAUACCAAGUAAAAUCUGGGUUGAAUCAAAGUAUGGUGGUUUUGAGCAAACAAUCCAAAUCCCAAAAUUACCAAAAUAUUGCAAUCAUUGUAAGAUUUUGGGACACUAUGUAGCUGAAUGCAAAGCCAAAAGACAGGAACAAGAUAAACAGGAAGAACUAAAAUAUUCUCAUCCAGUGAAACAAAUUUGGAGGAAAGUGAAAGCAAACAAGAAAAUUGCUCCAGCUCAGGUUGGUUUUGAUAUAUGUUUUACCUCCCCAAGUAAAAACAAAGAAGUGGAAAUUUAUGAAAGCUUACUGGAUACUGAUGAAGAAGUUGAUGAAAUUAUUUUUUCAAUUAAUGCAAAAAAGGAUACUCCUCAAGUUAAUUCAGGUAAAUUUCAGUUAUUACAGGAUAUGAAUGAAGAUAUUUUUCACUCACAAGUUGAGUUUCCAGCUCUCAGUAUUAAUGAAAUACUCAAGUCUGCAUCUAGUGCUCCUUCAAUUAAUGAGGUUAUAAAUGUUAUACCACCUGUGGAAAAAGAAGUAGUUCAUGAAGAAGUGCCUAAGGAUAAACUGAAGACUACAAAGAAUAUAAGUAUCAUAAAAACAAGAAAUCAAUCUAUUGGUUUAGUGAACAAUGGAGUACCACUUGUGAAGAUGAGAGGAAGGAAUUCUUCUCAACAAACAUCCAAUAAAUGA